AUGAAGAAUCAUCUCCUUCAUUUCCUGAUAUUUGUAAUGCCAGUAGCUGUUGGUAAGUAAAACUACCAUAUAAUUUGUUUUCUUCUCGCGGACAAAUGCACGCAAGCAUGUGUUGAGAGGAAAUUUGGGUUCAUCUCAAUUGGUUUUUAAGAUAGAAUUAUUGAUUCUACUGAGAGUCGAAAUUUUUGACUGAACAAUAUACAUAUUUCUAUCAUUGUCGUGGGAGAACUCUGUCCUCGUGAUCGAACUUAGUCCAUAUCUUCUUUGUCAUUUCACGAAGUCUAGAAUUUAGAGUUUGAAUCACUUUCUUAUUUUUAGGUUAUUUUUGCGCAAACUUAGCUUAGGAUUGGAUGUCAUUAACCCCAUUCACACCAAAGCUUAAACAUGUUUCAAAGCUGUUUUAUUAAACACGGUGUUAGAAGCUACUUAAACUGAUGUUUGUCGACUUCAAAUGUAACGCGUUGAAAAUUAUUUGAAUCCUAUGGAAAGUUUAGUUUUUAUCAGUUCCCUGAGGCUGAUUUUCAUUCAGUGAAACCCGGUUCGUCUAAACAUGUUUUUCUGGUGUGAAUGGGUAUAAUUUAGUUUACUUUUGUGCGAACGUAACUCAGGAUUAGAUGUCAUAGUCACAGAAUACAUGUUUACAUUUUUAAUUUACAAAUACAAGAUAUACUCGAGCCAGCGUCUUGUAACAAACAAAGGUUGCGCUUAAAUUUAAGCUCCCGCUCUUCUCUCAAAAUUGAAUAAGUACCCCACACUCUACUCGUAAUAGGAGCCAUCAUUAAGACCAGAAUAGAUAAUGUGUAAGGUGUACUAUGGUAUGCAGGCUUGUCAAACUGAAAGCGCGUAAGAAAUUUCUAUAAGAACAACGAAACAAAUGUGCUUGUUAGUUCCUGCAUAGUCGUCAGAAGGGUGCCAUCAUUUCCCACAGUGAUAAUCGAAUCACUUUUACUUUCGUUCUAUUUUGUUUGACUCUCUGAAGCCUACAGACGCCAGGCAAGAUGCUAUAAAUGCGAUGGGAACAAUGAACAAUGCAGUCUGGCUAUGAUGCACUCGGAUAUUGCAAAGUACACAGUGAGAUGCCCGCGAGAUUAUGAUAACUGCCUCACAGUGUUCCUGGAGCAAGAUGGAAGAAAGAUCUUUAAUAAACGGUGUGCAAGUGAUAGGAUCUGCAACAGAGAAACAUCUCGCUGCGGGGGAAGCGAGCGCGCGACCAAGGGAGGUCUUCAGACCGAGAAGAUUUGUCAUGCAUGGUGCUGUAAAGGGGACUGGUGCAAUCCUGGGCCACGUGUCUCUCCAGCACAUCUUGUGAUGAUGUCAGGGCUUCUGUUCGUGAACUUGAUGUGUAGGAUUUAA